AUGGUAAUUCGUUCGUGUUAUGCUAUAUUUUUGGAAUCUUUCAAUCUUGAGCUAGGUCCGAUGAACAUGUUGCCACCGUAUUCACUCUUUUUGCAAGUGACUUCGAUGACAUCGUUUUAUGAUGUCUGUCGGCCCACCAAUUCGUUGAUGAACUGUUUGAAUACAAGGGCACCAAGAGAAUGCAUAAAUUUAGCAACAUUCCGAUCUUUAACGCUUUAUAACAAUGAUGCAUUCAACUAUUUGAGCAUGUACGCUGCUUUUGAAUACAUCUGUGGUACCGGAUAUCAGGAGUUUGUAAACAAUGAAGAGUGUUUCCUUCGAUCAGUUAACGAUAUAUCAUUGCGGCAACGGGUUGCGCACUGUCAGCUCUUAAUUGAUGCAGCAAAUCCAAUUGACGUUUGCGAAAGCGGUUCUGUGAACGUUCAGUGUGUUCGCAAUGCGUAUCAGUGGUACUGUGGACCUCAAAUAGCCCAUGGAAUGUGUGAAAUAACAGUAAACUUUAUUCGACGGCUUGACGUUCUCGACCUAAAUUGUUUAGGUGAACUAAGCGCUUUGUGUAAUAAGACACCUUCAAAGAAGUUAUCUUUAGUUGUAAUUAUGAUAAUUGUAUUUUUUGGUGCGGCUUCAAAUAUGUCAUUUUAA